CAACGUCUCAGCAGACCCCACACCUCAACCCAACGUCUCAGCAGACCCCACACCUCAACCCAACGUCUCAGCAGACCCCACCUCAACCCAAAGCUUCAGGUCUGAAGCCCCCGAGGUGUCACCGGCUCAGCACCAUCUUCCCCUUGAUGCGAAGAUGCUCCAGAUCCUCCACGUCCAGUCACCUCAGCCGGACCCUCGCUUUGCCCCACCGGCAGCCGGCACCCGGCACAGCGCCGGCCGAGUCCCGCCAUGUCCCAAACGCGCCAGAGACCCUGUCUUAGGGCGGCGGAGGAGAAGCAGAAGAUGAGAGGGUCGAGGCAAGCGCUGAGGGUGGUGAGCAGCACGGCGUAGGCUCUCCAAGGUGGGUUCUCCCGCCGUAGGUACCCCACCACGUGGGAGACGUUGAAAGGGGCGAAGCAGAGGACGAAGGCCACGGCCGUGGCCGCCGCCAGGGCCACCGCUCGUUGCCUCUUACCCGGCGCCGUGGUGGGCAGGGAGACCACGAUGCAGACCAAGCGGCCGUAGCAGAAGGCGGUGAUGGCCAAGGGUAGGCAGAAGAGCACCAGGAAGAUCUCCAGGCGGAGAGCCAGCAGCACGGCCAGCUGAGGAGCGGCGAAACGGGUGUAGCACGCCGUGCCGUUGACUGCCGCGUUGGGUCGGGCCACGUAGACCACGCUACAGUGGGCCAAAGCGGCCACCCAGAAGCCGGCGGCGGCCACGGCGGCGUGGGUUGCCCGGCGGCGCCGGCGGUAUUGGACGGGGAAGGCGGCGCGGAGGUAGCGGUCAACGCUGAGGGCGGUGAGGGAGAGGAUGGUGAGGUAGAUGCUGGUGAAGAAGAGGAAGACGAAGAGCGGGCAGAGGGCCGGUGGAAGCUUCCAGGUGGCUUCCCACGCCGCCUCGGCCAUGCGGAUGGGCAAGGAGGCCACCAGCGCUAGGUCGGCGAUGGUCAGGUUGAGGAGGAGGACGUCGGCGGGCAGCAGGCGCCGGCGUCGGGCCACUGUCCCCAAGGCCACCAGGGCUGCCACGUUGAGGGGCAGCCCCACGGAGAGCUAUGAGUUGGGGCCACGGGGCAAGGCCCCGCCCCCGGCGAAAAAGGGCCGUGGCCGCCGCAAGCAGGAGAAACUGGAAGACAUGAAGAAGGAGAUGGAUGUGGAUGACCACAAGCUUGACGUGAACGACCUGGAGCUCAAGUACAGCACCAGCAUCACCAAGGGCCUGGUAGAAGCGGUGGCAGCCGAGCGGCUGCUGCGGGACGGUCCCAACGAGCUCCGGCCCCCCCGGGGGACCCCCGAGUGCGUCAAGUUUGGGCGGCAGCUGGCCGGGGGUCUCCAGUGCCUGAUGUGGGUGGCGGCGGCCAUUUGCCUCAUCGCCUACGGCGUGCAGGAGGGGGAGGGUGACCGCGGCAGCUCCGACAACCUGUACCUCGCCAUCGCCCUCAUCGCCGUCGUCGUCGUCACCGGCUGCUUCGGCUACUACCAGGAGUUCAAGAGCACCAACAUCAUCGCCAGCUUCAAGAACCUCGUCCCUCAGCAAGCCACGGUGAUCCGGGAAGGAGACAAACUACAGAUCAACGCCAACGAGUUGGUGGUCGGUGACCUGGUGGAGAUCAAAGGAGGGGACCGAGUCCCUGCAGACAUCCGCAUCAUCUCAGCCCAGGGUUGCAAGGUGGACAACUCGUCGUUGACGGGGGAGUCGGAGCCCCAGACGCGGUCACCCGAGUGCACCCAUGACUCGCCCUUGGAGACCCGCAACAUCGCCUUCUUCUCCACCAUGUGCCUAGAAGGGACGGCCAUGGGGUUGGUGAUCAACACGGGUGACCGGACCAUCAUCGGGCGCAUCGCCAGCUUGGCCUCGGGGGUGGAGAACGAGAAGACACCCAUCGCCAUCGAGAUCGAGCACUUCGUUGACAUCAUUGCCGGCCUUGCCAUCUUCUUCGGUGCCACCUUCUUCGUGGUGGCCAUGGUCAUCGGCUACCCCUUCCUCCGUGCCAUGGUCUUCUUCAUGGCCAUCGUCGUGGCCUACGUCCCCGAGGGGCUGCUGGCCACUGUCACGGUUUGCCUCUCGCUGACGGCGAAGAGGCUGGCGAGGAAGAACUGCGUGGUGAAGAACCUGGAAGCGGUGGAGACGUUGGGUUCCACCUCGGUCAUCUGCUCCGACAAGACGGGGACCCUCACCCAAAACCGCAUGACCGUGGCGCAUCUCUGGUUCGACAACCAGAUCCAUACGGCCGACACGACCGAGGACCAGUCGGGUCAGAGCUUCGACCAAUCAUCGGAGACGUGGACCAUGCUGAGCCGCGUCAUCACCCUCUGCAAUAGGGCCCAGUUCAAGCCGGGACAAGACAACGUCCCCGUGGCCAAGCGUGAGGUCAUCGGCGACGCUUCGGAGACGGCGCUGCUGAAGUUCGCCGAGGUGACGGUGGGGACGGUGUCGGAGGCGCGGGGACGGUUCCCCAAGGUGGCCGAGUUGCCCUUCAACUCCACCAACAAGUUCCAGCUCUCGGUCCACGAGGCGGGAGAGAGGCAGCUCCUGGUGCUGAAAGGUGCCCCCGAGCGGGUGCUGGAACGGUGCAGCACGGUGCUGCUGAAGGGACAGGAGCUGGCCCUGGACGCCCAAUGGCGGGAAGCCUUCGAGGGGGCCUACGCCGAGCUGGGGGGGCGCGGGGAGAGGGUCUUGGGGUUCUGCGCCCGCUGGCUGCCGGCGGGGACGGUGGCAGCAGGGACGGACCCCGAGGCGCUGCCGGAGGUGGCCGUGGGGCUUUGCUUUGCCGGGCUGGUGUCCAUGAUCGAUCCACCCAGGGCCACCGUCCCCCAGGCCGUGCUCAAGUGUCGUACGGCUGGUAUCAGGGUGAUCAUGGUGACCGGAGACCACCCCAUCACGGCCAAGGCCAUCGCGGCGGCCGUCGGCAUCAUCUCAGAGGGCAGCGAGACCCCCGAGGAGGUGGCAGCUCGUCUACGCGUGCCCCUUGAGCAGGUGGACCCCAGGCAGGCGCGGGCGCGGGUGGUGACGGGAGCGGAGCUGGCGUCCAUGACACCGGAGGCUCUGGAGGUUCUUCUACGCGCCCACCCCGAGAUGGUCUUCGCCCGGACGUCACCACAGCAGAAACUCGUCAUCGUGGAGAGCUGCCAGCGGCUGGGUGCCAUCGUGGCGGUGACGGGGGACGGGGUGAACGACUCCCCGGCGCUGAAGAAGGCCGACAUCGGGGUGGCCAUGGGCAUCGCCGGCUCCGACGCCGCCAAGAACGCGGCCGACAUGAUCCUCCUUGAUGAUAACUUCGCCUCCAUCGUCACCGGCGUGGAGCAAGGCCGCUUGAUCUUUGACAACCUGAAGAAGUCCAUCGCCUACACCUUGACCAAGAACAUCCCCGAGUUGACCCCCUACCUCAUCUACAUCACGGCCAGCGUCCCCCUGCCCUUGGGCUGCAUCACCAUCCUCUUCAUCGAGCUCUGCACUGACAUCUUCCCCUCGGUCUCCUUGGCCUAUGAGAGGGCAGAGAGCGACAUCAUGCACCUGAAGCCCCGCAACCCUCGACGCGACCGAUUGGUCAAUGAACCUUUGGCGGCUUAUUCCUACUUCCAGAUCGGUGCCAUCCAGUCCUUCGCCGGCUUCACCGACUACUUCGUGGCGAUGGCGCAGGAGGGUUGGUGGCCUCUGCUCUGCUUGGGACUGCGCCCGCGCUGGGAGGACACCCACGAGCAGGAGCUGCAGGACAGCUACGGCCAGCAAUGGACCUUCGAGCAGCGCCACUACCAGCAGUACACCUGCUACACCGUCUUCUUCAUCAGCAUCGAGAUGUGCCAGAUCGCCGACGUCCUCAUCCGCAAGACCCGACGUCUCUCCCUCUUCCAGCAGGGCCUCUUCCGGAACCGGAUCCUGGUGAUCGCCAUCGUGUUCCAGGUGUCCAUCGGCUGCUUCCUCUGCUACUGCCCCGGGAUGCCCAACGUCUUCAACUUCAUGCCCAUCCGGUGGGCUCCGAUGUCCGCGGCCCCUUCCCGGAUAUCUGGGUCCCCUUCCCCGGAUAUCUGGGUCCCCUUCCCGGAUAUCUGGGGCCCCUUCCCGGAUAUCUGGGCCCCUUUCCCCGGAUAUCUGGGUCCCCUUCCUGGAUAUCUGGGUCCCCUUCCCGGAUAUCUGGGUCCCUUUCCCGGAUAUCUGAGUCCCCUCCUGACCCCAUCCCGGAUAUCUGGGUCCCUUUCCCGGAUAUCUGGGGCCCCUUCCCGGAUAUCCGGGUCCCCUUCCUGGAUAUCCGGGUCCCCUUCCCGGAUAUCUGGGUCCCCUCCUGACCCCAUCCUGGAUAUCUGGGUCCCUUUCCCAGAUAUCUGGGUCCCCUUCCUGGAUAUCUGGGUCCCCUUCCCGGAUAUCUGGGUCCCUUUCCCAGAUAUCUGGGUCCCCUUCCUGGAUAUCUGGGUCCCCUUCCCGGAUAUCUGGGUCCCCUCCUGA